GCAGUCUCUUCCAUAGUUAACAUGCGUAGGAUCACACAUCCUACAGUCCAACAAACGCUGGCAGGCAAAGCCGUCCUCCCCUGUGUCUUCACCCUCCAGACCAGCUCCUCCCCCAAGCCCCCCCACGUCCUGUGGACCCGCAUCAGAGGACCAGCCGAGGGACAGGGGGCUCCUCAUGAGCAGACUGUGCUUUCUGCUAAAGGUGAUGUAAUAAAGGUGAAUAAGGCUUUCAGUGGCCGCGUCAUGCUGCCAGGAUACGCUGCCAAUCCUCUGAAUGCUACCAUGGAGAUCUCCAGUGUCCGCACCAACGACUCAGGCACUUACCACUGUCAGGUUGUCAUGGGCAACGACUAUGAGAGAGACACUGUGCCCCUGGUGGUAUCCGGCGUGGUGUUUCACUAUCAGGCUCCCAGCUCCAGAUACGCCCUCUCGUUCACCGAUGCCCAGCGGGCCUGCCAGGAGAACUCAGCUCAGAUGGCCACACCUGCCCAGCUGUGGGCGGCGUACUAUGACGGCUUCGCCAGCUGUUCGGCGGGAUGGUUGGAUGAUCAGACUGUCCGCUAUUCUGUCGAGCUGCCAGAGCUUGGUUGCUAUGGACACAAGGAGUACUCUGCUGGAGUGAGGAAUUAUGGGAAGAGGGACCCGAAAGAGCUUUUUGAUGUUUACUGUUAUGCAAAAGAACUGGAUGGUGAAGUGUUCCACUCCUCGGUCCCAGGCAGGCUGUCCCUGUCCUCCGCCUCAGACCGCUGUGUGUCCCUGGGGGGGCAGCUGGCAACCGUGGGGCAGCUCUAUCUGGCGUGGAGGGCCGGCUUGGACAGCUGCGCCCCAGGCUGGCUGUCUGACGGCAGCGUGCGCUACCCUGUGACCUGGCGUCGCCUGGACUGUGGGGGGGGCCAGCUGGGGGUCCGCACCAUCACACCCAACAGCACAACUGACAACACCACAGCGCUGUAUGAUGCUUACUGCUACAGAGGUAAAAUGAAGGAUUCGGGCUCCAUCUCUCAGAUCUACACCUCCCUGUGGAAGCCCUGGAGCUACCUCACAGACUCCAGUGAUGCUGGCUCUGCAGGGACCGGCAGCCCGGACGUGACUACACCGCAAACCACCACUGCCAGAGAUGGCAGCAGCGCUUCGCCUUCAAACUGGACGGGAUUGGUCGACCUUGAAGACGAGGCCUCGCUUCACAGCACUGAUGCCUCCUCAGACCCCUGGUCUGCAGAGUCUUCAGGGUCCUUUGUAACGCUCCAGCUGAUCCCAGGACAGAUCCUCUCAGACUGGGGAGAGCCACUGGAGCCCGGACCCGAAUCAGACCAGUUCCUCCGACCACCAGUCCACCCUACUGUGGCUGACAAGAAGGUGAUCUCAAAGAUCGUGAAGUCGAUCUGGAAGCCUUGGAACUACCUGGCUGGGAGUGAAGACGAGGAAGGAACCCAAGCACCGAGCAAACAGACAGAGGAAGAGGAGACAGCCCCGAAAAAGAAAGAAGAGGAGUCAAAGCCAUCCGUUGAACCAUCCAAACCAGGUUUGUCUUCUUGGGGAAGUUCAUGGUUCAGCGAUCCCUCGAGCAAAAACUCUACACCAGCCAGUGAAGAAUCUCCCACUCGUCUGGCAUCUACUUUGGACGCCUCCAGUAACUCUCAGACUACAGAGAGCGAAAAGAGAGGGGAGACUUCAGAGAUGCUCACGUCCACCGCCUCCAGCUCUGCGCCCAGAAUCGACUCAUCCAGCGGGGAGACCUGGGUCCGCGUUGAAUCAGCGACCACAACCCAGCCGGGGGACAAGAGGGAGGAGACGGUGACCUCCAGAGGCAGCGGCAGAGGAGGCAGAGGAAGGGGGAAGAAGAACAGAGGGGAGGACAGGAGCAGAGGAGAGGAGAAGGGGAAAGGAGAAGAAGAAGGGAGUGGAGAGAUCAGUGGCGUAGAAGCAAAAGGGGAGAUACAAGUUUCACGUCGACCAGCGGAUUCAGGCAAACCAAGAGAAAGAUCCAGAGAAAGAUCUAGAGAGAGGGGCCACAGGAAGGGACAGUCCACUACCACAGCAACUCCCACCACUACUGCUGGUCCUCUGGGGAUGACAACAACUGAAACUGUUGAUUUAUCUACAUCUUUAUUCCCGUCCACCUCUCCAUCAAGCUCAACAGAUACAAGCCCAUCCCCCUCCCCGUCUCACUCUGCUACUGCGUCCCCAUCUCCAUCUCCAUCCCCAGCUCGUUCCCUGUUUGAAUCUCAAUCACCCUCCUCCUCCCCAUCCCCAACUUCCUCACCUCCAGCCAAUUCCCAAACCCCAUUCCUUUCCACCUCACCUUCAUCCCCUCGUUCCGAUUCCCCGUUUCAAACCGCCGGAUCAGGAGACCCCGCUCCAUCCACUCACUCAGACAGCCAGGAGAGCUCUACUGACCCCCUGCCCUCGUCUCACUGGGUCCCGGUGGAGAAAGCCGCUGUGAACAGCUCUCUGGAUUAUCCUACAUUACUGUCAGGACCCCAAGACAUGGAGGAGCCCGCCUGGUCUCACACUGUGGGGUCAGGGGCCCUGUUACCUGGCAACAUGGAGGAGGAAAGUAACAGAGGGGGAGUCAACAUCAGCAACAUGACCCUCAGCCCCUCAGGUUAG